AUGAUGCCAAGAUCUGGUGCGAAGUGGCUGUUCGCUGUGAUAUUCCUGCACCCAAGGAGACUAGGCCUUUUCUGUGACGGCUUCACUUGUCAGCAUUGCCAGGUGAACGAAGGUUUUGGCGAGCUGUUGAAGCCGCAGGAAGACAUUGAACCCGGGCAAGCAGCGAGCAAUGUCCACAUAUUGUGGCCGACGCAUGUCGAGGUGGUCCCGCUGACGGAAGACAUAGGUGGUUGGCUACCCGCUUCAUUUCAUCAAAAGCUCGCCUCCGAAGCUGUCCGCGGAUGGUGCUGGCGCUCAGUGUCGUCCAGCACAGAGGUGAGAAGGCGACUGCUGCGCGAGCAAGCUGAUCUCAACAGGGAUGGGCUGGAAAUGCAGGGGAUAUUCCACCAUUUCGACGAUGUGCAUCCGCACAAGGCUGUGGCGAUUAUCAUCGGCCCAGACGGAUCGCCCUAUGCACGUGCACCGUAUCUGUUUCGAUUUGUGUUCCCGAACACGUAUCCAUUAAAGCCUCCGUGUGCCACAUUCUGCACAGGAGACGGGCGCGUCCGCUUCAAUCCGAACUUGUAUACAAAUGGCAAGGUUUGCCUUUCCAUUCUGGGCACCUGGGCGGGCCCGUCCUGGACCUCUCUAAGCACCUUUCGUUCUGUCUUGCUAUCGAUACAAAGUCUUUUAUCUCUCAAUCCUCUUCAGAAUGAGCCGGGGCAUGAGCACGAGACCGGGCGUGAUUGCGACCUUUAUUCAGCAAUGCUCCGCUAUGAAAGUUUGGCGGUUGCAGCAUUGCAGCUGACAAAGCCAUUGGACUCGUGUUUCGAGCCCAUGCGAGAGCUGCUUGGCGCGAUCUUCCUCUGCAAUUUUCAAGCUUAUACACUCUCGUUGGGUGAAUUUGCAGCCUGUGAAGGUUGCCUGGACAGGUGCCCCGUGUACGGCUUCAUUUCAAAGUACAGUCCAAGUUGGGUUCGCCAGCAGCUUGAAGAACUGCAGGCGGAGUUGCUGCUACGGCCAGAAGCAGUGGCUGUGGCUGAGGAGCUGCGCAAGCAGGCGCUACCAUCGUGCUCAGAAGAAGCAGCCUGUGCCAGAAGCUCUGACGACAACGGACAAAGUGCCGGAAGCCAUGAAGGAGUCCCCGAAGGAGCACGCACUCAUGUAGCUCGAGGUGUGUGGCGGAUGGCCGGGCCAAGUGUCUAUCAAUUCUUGCGACGGCUAUGCUUGGUCAUGGUGUUGAUACUGGUAGCACUUGGCAUCGGUCUUGCAGUCGCCUUCUUGCUUGGUGCAGUCGCAUCCCGUGCGCACGGACAGGGAGCUUCCCAGAUCCGAUUUCGCACGCUGAAUGCGAGCAUUGGGCAAACUUUCCGUGACAAAAUUGGCCCGGGUCUUCCACGAAACCACGAGUUGUACAGGCAGUUGAACCAAAAGCAUGCUGGUGCCUUGAACGACGCGUUCUUUCACUACCAGAAGAGGCUCUUUGAGGCAGAAGGUGAUUUCGAUCGUGCCAUGUCACCUGAUUUUGAGACCAGCACUCCUCCACCUGAUGCAAACUCCAGCUGGCCGGACAUGAAUGCCCUGCCUGAGUACAACAAGCUGCGCAAGGUCGUGGAACGUCUCAGCAGGAGGGCAUUUUGUGCUGAGAGCUUCGGGCUGCAUGACUCGGCCGACCUACGCCGAGUGACAGCUGCGACAAUGGAGCUUCCUGAGGAAAGUGGAUUGAAGUCCUGUUGGAAUGGCCAGCUCGAGUGA